AUGGGACCCUGGGAUGGGGGACAGGACCCUGGGAUAAGGCGGGGGCCUCAGGAUUGGGGAUGGGACCCUGGGAUCAGGGAUGGGACCCCAGAUCUGGGAUGGACACCCCAGGAUUGGGGACGGGACCCUGGGACUGGGGACGGGACCCCCAGCAGGGUGGGACCCAAGGACCGGGGUUGGGACCCCGGGAUCAGCACCCCUGGGAUCAGAGCUGGGCACCCCAGAGCCACUGGUCCCUUCACCCAGGGGACACCGGGGG